CACCGCGGGCCGUUCUCGCUGUGCUGAGGGAGACGAGUGCCGCUCGCCCGCCCGCCUCCCUCGCUCAACCCUUAGCCAUAGGCCGCCGCGGCCGAGGCAUCUCGGAGGCGCCGGGCGGGCGGACCCGGAGCCAUUCCGGCGAUCGGGGGUCUCCGUCUGGCUGGAAGGUCCUCAGAGUCCGGGGCCGCCCUUUGCCGGGUGGAGUGUCCACACAGCCUUUCCGAAGGUCGCCGGUCUGGGGGCAGCGGGAGGGGCCGGCCCGCCCCAGUUCGUUCGUUCGUUCAUUCAUUCAUUCAUUCAUUCCUCGCCCGCGGUGAGCCGGGCGCCCGGAUGUGAAGGUAAACACACCGAAUGUGCUUCAUCACCAUGGGCCUCUCGAAGCGCGCUGGGAGCACCCCGUUCGUCUGUGUUCUGCUUCAGAGGCAUCUCCUGGACACCGGUCUCUGAGUUGUGACCUUUCGCAGAGGGAAGCUUGAAAUGUGUUGCUGAAGCACAGGCCAUAAAGGUACCUGCAUCAUUACGUAGAGGAACAGCGUCCUUUUUGUCUAACUGUGCAGACUCCCAGCGUCUCAGGGGGAGCAGAACUCUCACGACGCUGUGGGUGUGAAUGGGAUGCCCUCUGUCAUCUUCGGACCUGCCCUGAGAUCGACCCUCACUCCUCUGAAGAGCAGCCUCGGAGCCUUACGGCUGCUCAGACAAUGGAUGAGUCAGACGACGAUUUUAAAGAACUUUGUGCCAACUUUCUCCAGAGGGUGAAAAAAAAUGGAACCAAGCAGGUGUCAGGAGAAAAGAAGACCCAGAAGGCCUCAAAUGGCACUCAGAUAAGAAGCAAACUGAAAAAGUCCAAGCAAAACGCCACCAAGGCAGAACCCCUUCAAGGCCCGGCAGAGAAGAGACCGCCACCUGGCAGCCCGUCCCCUCGGGCUGAAAAGACAAAGAAAACCAAGUCGCAAGCAAGUGACCUGGCCGGCACUGUGAACGGGGAGGCAUGUGUGCUUGCUCCUGCCGAACAUCAGCCUGGGCUCGGGGAAAGAGCGCAGGGCACCCAGACAGAGAGCGUUCCCAAUGGCGAUUCCCAGCCGCCUCCUCCCUGCCUGACCACAGCGGCGCCAAAUCCCUCCAAACCCCGCACGGCAGAGCUGGUUCUGCAGCGGAUGCAACAGUUCAAGAGAGCUGACCCCGAGCGCUUGAAGCAUGAGCCAGAAGAGCGGCCCCCUGGGGCGGCAGCCGAAGGAAGCGUCCCAAAGAGCCCUCGGGAGCAGACGGCAGCCGGGAACGGAUGUGAGCCUGUGCGCUCUGCCACAGACAGUGACGCUGCGGUGGCCCUGGCCCUGCAGCACGAGGUCGGGCAGGAAGCAGCGUCUGCGCGUGGCGACGACCUGGAGGAGAAGGGCUUGUUCUUCUGCCAGCUCUGUCAGAAGAACCUCUCGAUGAUGAGUGUGGCCCGGCGGGAGCAGCACGUGAACAGGUGCUUAGAUGAGGCGGAAAAGGCACUAAGACCACCUGCACCUCAGAUCCCCGAGUGCCCCAUCUGUGGCAAAGCUUUUCUCACCUCAAAGAGCAGAGCAAGCCACCUGAAGCAGUGCGCAGCGAGGAUGGAGGUGGGCCCCCAGCUGCUGCUGCAGGCUGUGCGGCUGCAGACAGCCCAGCCCGAGGGCGGAGGACACCCGCCCACACCCAGCUUUAGCAACCCCACUGGAGGUGUGAAACGGAAAAGGACCUUGAACAAGAAGGAGCCCCGGAAGAGAAGGAAGGCCGACCUGCCCGAGGCACCGUCCGAGGACCUGCUGGUGGCCAUGGCUCUGUCCCGCUCCGAGAUGGAGCAGAGCCCUGCCACGCCUGCACUCAGACUGCAGAGUGCUUUCUCCGAGAGGAGAGAGAAGAAAGGUCGCAAGAGGAAGCCCCCGGUGUCCCCCCCGCAGUUGCUCGUCCAGGACCGUGUGACCACAGGCAGGCAGAUAGAAGACCGCGUGGCCCUGCUGCUGUCAGAGGAAGCGCCGCUGUCCCGCACGCCGCCGCUUCCCGCCAGCAGGAUUCUGAAGGAAAAGCUGAGAAAGGCAGGCUGGUGCCUGCAGCCGCCGGAAGGGAAGCAGAACUUCCUAUGGGAGGGCAGCGCCCUGACCGGAGCCUGGGCCGCAGACGCCUUCUACACGGCCAGCCUGGUCCCUCCCAUCGUGCCCCAGCGGCCUGCCGAGGGCCUGACCCAGGAGCCUCCGCAACCACUGAGGCCGCCUGAGCAGCCAGAGUCAGGCCUGGAGGGGCCACCUGCUCUCCCCAGCAGCCCCGGGGGCCUGUCGCCAUCGGCCAGCCAGAGGGAGCACCAGGCCCUGCAGGACCUCGUGGACCUGGCACGGGAGGGGCUGAGUGCCAGCCCAAGGCCCAGCAGUGGGGACCUGGCCAGCUCCGGUGGGGCCACAGGCCAAGACGGAGCUGGCUGCCCAGGGCUGGAUGUGGUGCCCCGCGGCCUCCCGCUGACCGGCUUUGUCCUGCCUAAGGAGAAGCACCUGGAGUGCGGCGACCACGCUUCGCUCUCCUUCGGGCUGCUGGUUGCCGACUUCAGCGCCAUGGUCAACAACCCGCACCUGAGCGACGUCCAGUUCCAGGUGGACAGCGGCGAGCUGCUCUAUGCCCACAAGUUUGUGCUUUACGCCCGAUGUCCACUUCUCAUUCAGUAUGUGAACAACGAAGGCUUCUGCGCUGUGGAAGACGGGGAUCGGAGCCAGCGCGUGCUGCUGAGUGACGUGAGCGCCGAGGCGGUCCGUGCAUUCCUGCAGUACCUCUACACCGCGGACAGCAGCCUGCCUCCCCGCCUGGCCCCUGACCUACGUGCCCUGGCCCUCAGGUUUGGCGUGACUGACCUCAUGCAGCUGUGCCAGCAGGCGUCUGCCGGCGUGGACGUGGAGGAGGAGUGCCAGGCGGAGAAGGAAGGAGGGAGCUGUGAGAGCAGACUGGAGAGCUUCCAGGAGCUCCUGCGGUCGGUGUGGGUAGAUGAAGACGAGGAGGCAGAGGCUCUGUCGAAAUCCGAGGGCCAGGAAGAAGACAGAGAAAAGGUGAAUGAAACCGAAAUGGAGGAGAUUUAUGAAUUUGCAGCUACUCAGCGAAGGCUUCUCCAGGGGGAAAGAGUCCCAGACGUGGACGCCGACCAGCUCCCCGAGGACGGUCCAGGGCCUGGGCAGGGCCUGGCAAGCAUCCCAGGCAAUGAAGAGUUGGAAAAGGCAGAGCAAAUGGAGCUGUCAGGGCCUGGGGGAGCCACGGCCUCACCCCGCAGGGAGAACGUGAGGCCGCGCGUUCUGCCCCCACAGGGCCAGCGCUCAGCCGUGGACAGCGAGGCACGGACCCAGGAGCAAGAGGCACCAGAGGAGACAGGCGGUCACUCCAGCUCCCCCACCCCUUCUGGGGCAAGGGGAGAAGGUUCCUUGCAUUCAGUCCGUGUCCACAGUGAGGAACAGCUGCCGGCACCACCUCAAGGAGCGCUCUUACAACCGUCCCAGGCAGCGAGUGACCACGAGGAGCGAGGGAGCACUAUCCAGGGGCGGGAGGGGGAGCUUUCCCAUCCCCCCACUCCCCAGCAGGCUCCCCAACCCCACCUCAGCUGCCCCCCGCCACAGCCCCCAGCCGUUGGGAGUCCUGGCCACUCGCAGCUUCACGCGCAUCACACAGGCCCGCUGUCUGGCCUGGCGCACAGCAGGCUGUCUGAAGCGGCCUCCCCGCACUCGCCAUCGCCACGGGCACGCUCCAGGCAGAAGAGGCCCAGCAGCGUCCUCACGGCGCUGACUGAUCCAGGCCUGCAGAGAGGCAGCGCCUGCAGUCCCAGGCUGGAACCCAGAACCACGGGGGCCCCGGCUGCCCCGGACACGUCGGCAUCCAUUGACCUCACCCAGAGCGAGCCCGAGCGUUCCAGCUGCCGGUCACCGAAUCCUCCCUCCAGGAGCGAGGGGGAUGAGAUUAUCCUUUUAUCAGACUCAGAUGAAGAGCUGGAGCCGGAACAAGCCAAGAUCAGGCCGGCUCCUGAUGCCCCAGGAGAAAGGGAGCUGUCGGGAAUCAGCCCCAGGUCCUCGGAGCUGUUUUCCGUCAUCGAUGUGGAUGCAGAUCUGGAAUGUUCCCAAAGCCCACCAAGAAGAGGAACUGGGCUGCAGCAGGGGGAGGAGGUGCUGUCAGAGAAUCGGGGCUCUGGGCGCAGCAGGGGGCCCCCCUGGCUGUCCUGCGACCACGAGAGCAGCCCCGAGGACAGCACCACGGACAGCUCGUCCUGGCUGGUGCCCGCCACCCCCCUGGCCAGCAGGAGCCACGACUGCUCAUCCCAGACCCAAAUCCUGAGCCUCAGGCCCAGGACCCCUGCGGCGGAGAAGACUGGGCGCACCCCCAGGGCUUCAGAGAACAGGGGCGCGAAAGGGGCCGCACAGGAGUUGUCUGUGAUCGUGCCCCAGAUGCCACCCGCCAGCCGUGCUCCUGUCACUCCGGGGGCUUCCGCCAGUGGCAGGCGGGGCUGUCGAAGCCCCCCCCGGCCUCAGCCCAGGCGCCCCAAGCACUCCUCUCCACUGGCCCCUCGUGCCAUUCCAAGAGGCCCCCCCGAUUUCACCUGGCAGUUCCCAGAAUGCUCACCACUCAAGCCGGGCCGGCCCCCCGCGGCUGCGGCCAGCGAAGUGGUGGAAGUUGAGGACAGUGAAGGUGAGCAGGAGGCCACCUCCCUUCCGGCAAACAGCAGCCCCCUGCCGGACAGUGACCCCCCAGGGCCAGCGGACGGCUGCUGCUGGCACGCUGAGCCCCUCUCACCCAUCCCAAUUGACGACCUGAACCUCGAGCGGACAGGCCCCCUGGGCACCAGCAGUCCCAGCAGCAGGACCCAGAAGUCCCCCGAUAGUGGUGCUACCCCCACCCGAGGCAGAAAGUCCCCAGAGCCAUCCUCACAGGCCGGCUCCCCAGGGAGCGGCAGACUGAGCUUUCUGAAUUCAGCUCUGUGGGACGACUGGGAUGGCGGAGAAAAGUCGCCGGAAGCUCCUCCCACAGCCCAGACCCCAGGUGCCGACGGCGCUGAGAGCUCAGGCGCAUCGGCGACACCAGGUGCUCAUCGGAAGAAGAAGCUGCCCCCCAAAGUGCCCAUAACGCCAAUGCCAAGGUACUCCAUCAUGGAGACGCCGGUGCUGAAGAAAGAGCUGGACAGGUUUGGAGUCCGCCCGCUGCCCAAACGCCAGAUGGUUCUGAAGCUGAAGGAGAUCUUCCAGUACACUCACCAGACCCUGGAGUCCGACUCGGAGGACGAGAUCCCGCCCUCUCAGGCGCCCCGGGAGGCACCCUGCAGUCAGACCUACAACGCCGAGACCUCCGAGCCUUCCAGGGCGGGAGGCUGCACGCAGCUGGAGGCUGCCCCGGGCCCCCAGCACGGGACGCAGCAGCCCAGUGGGGGCCUCCCAGCCCCUGGCAGGCCACCAGCCCCCGAGGCCUCUCCAGGCCCUGAUGGUGACGCUCGUCUCCCAGCCUCCCAGGAAUCCGUGGCUACCUCUGUGGACAGCAGUGACAGCUCCUUUAGCUCACAGAGCUCCUCCACAGAGUUCGGAGCAGCCUUUGAGUCAGCAGGUGAAGAGGAGGACGGGGUCAGCGCCUCCCAGGCGGCCGUCCCGGCAGGAGACGUGGAGGAGGCGGUGAGGCGCUACAUCCGCUCCACGCCGGCCCUGUACCAGAAGGUGCUGCUGUACCAGCCCUUGGAGCUGGCCAAGCUGCAGGCUGCCCUGAGGCAGAACGGCAUCCGCGUGGCUGCGGGCAAGCUGCUGGACUUCCUGGACACCCACUGCGUCACCUUCACCACCGCCGCGGCCCGGAAGGAGAAGCUCGAGGGGAAGAGGCGGCGGGGCGCGGGCAGGAAGAAAGGGGGGCAGAAGUGACGGCCCCCACCUGGGCUCCACCCUCCCGGUGUGCGGGCCUGCACUGUGUCACAGCCCCCACUGACCGCCUGGGGGAGGCUGCAGGGUGCCCGGUGCACCGGGCUCCUCCGUCUCGGCUGGGACCUGUGGAACGCCGCCUCCCGCGCUGGAACUGGAGCACAUCAUGGCUGGAUGGAGGCCCCGCCCCUGCCUCUGUCGGUGCCUCCGUGUCUCCCCUUGUUCCCGUGGGCCUCAUGGAUUCGGGGGGGCCUGGGCGGCACCAGGUGGCGGGGUGAGGCCUGGUCCUGCCCCACCUGCCCCCUGCAGCCACCAGGCCCAGGGCCAGCCUGCCCAGCUGGCAGGGACCGGCUUCCUCUCAGCACAGCCACCACCAGCAAACCAAGUGGCCUCAGUUCGCUGCACCACACGGCCAGGGCCCAGCCCUCCUGGCCCGGUCACUGUCACCAGCACGACCGAGCCCCAAGGCAAGCAUGCACCCUACCGGCAGGCGAAGGCGAGAGGAGGCUGGGUCUCCGGUCCUUGAGAACGCCCUUGUCUCAAAUCCAGUGCAGCUGGUUUUAUAUGAUGUGCAAUAAAAACAAA